GUGCUACCCGACCGAUCAAACUGCAUCAGCCCGCGGCAUAGCAGAAGCUAUGGCCAAUAGCGUCAUACCUCAACGAUCAUCACUGCAGCUUCCAUGGACAUACAGGACCCUUGAUCGUCUCUGCCGCGUGGUUCUACGGGUCAUCUGCUUUGCCAUCGCGAUCUGCCCCUGGGGCUACCGCUACAGUUAGGACUAUGUUCUUGCUUCCAGCAUGCGGGGGGUGGAUACCAACCAACCUUGAUUUUUGAUCGCACUUUCUCAACUUUACUUUCGCGCUACAUGUGACAGGACCGCCGCCCAACUACAACGACCACCGACACAUGCGCAUGACCAUUUCAUUUGGUCCGUAAACCGGAAAUACUCGAGCAAGAUUGUACCGCGACGCAUUUCCAGGCAAAACGCCCAAGAUGGCAGACAAACUCGGCAGUCUGGCAUGGAGCGGCUUCAAACUUGGGUUUGGACUGUUCAGCCUUGCUGGAGUAUGGACCAUGGCAGUCAUCAAAAACGGUGCGCUCUGGGCGAAAGAUACGGACGAGGAAAAGCGCGCGUUGGCUGCUGCGCAAGACAGUUUCUGGAGUCUUGAUAGAGAGCCUCUACCAGGUUUCAAGCAUGCCUUCUUCAAAACCACCAACGGUACCAGCCUGCACUACGUCAUUAACCAGGACACUGGGUCAUCACCAGCGAAGAACGUUACCAUCUUCUUACAUGGAUUUCCCGAUUCGUUCCUCAUCUGGCGCCACUUCCUCCAAUCCGCUUCCUUACAAAAGGACUCCAUCCUGAUAGCCGUCGAUCUCCCUGGCUAUGGCGGCUCCGACAGUCUGUCCGCAUACGGCCCGAACGACAUGCUCGAAGUACUGAGCGAGUUCAUUGUUGGCAUACGAGAACAGUUUCUAUCGGAAGGCAAGAAAGCAGUGGUAGUCUCCCACGACUGGGGUGCGGUCAUUGCUGGACGACUAGCUUCUGAGGCACACGUACUGGCUGACCACUGGAUCAUUACGGGCGGCGUCAUCACCGCUCUACAGCGCUCGAACGCGACAAACAGAAUACUGUUGGCGAAGCAAAUGCUGAGGACAUGGAUACAUUCUCCCUUCAACUUCCGUCUGUUGAAGAACGGAUUACACGCACUAGGCCCUGUGGCUGGACAGUUCCGAAGCUCGUUCUACAUUUUCGUAUUCCAUCUACCCUGGCCACUCCACAAUGUCUUUGCGACCUUUGGCAACUACUUCUUUCUCCGUGUGCUUCACCAGUUCGGCAAAGGCACACCGAAGAAGGGAAAGGCUCCUGCGGUUUUGGAACCUGUGGAAGCUGCUGAAGCAAUGGCGAUCUCGACCGGCCCCGGAAGCGCGCAGCUAGAAAAGGCGAACGACAAGGGUGAACGAUAUGGCGAGUCUGUCAAGAGCAGGAUAAGCGAUCGCGGAAUGUCAGAGAAGAUCCGCAUCUAUCGCGAGAAUCUGGUUUUCGGUAAGUGGGAGAAGUCGCUCGAGAUUACUGCCGCACUGUACAACAUCUCCUCUGAAGCUGCUUCUUCCCAAACUCUAUCCGCUUCAGGCACCCUGUCUAGCAUGGCACCACAAGGCGCGCUGAAGGCUCCUUCGACACUCAUGAUGGGACAAUUUGAACCUGCAUUCAAUCAACGGCUCUCAUUCGACAACGCUCGCGACUAUCUGGUCAAGGGCAGUCAGGUCGUGAUUGUCAAGGGAGCAGGCCAUUGGUGAGUCAACCCAACAAACACCCCUCUUGAGAGUACAUCCGCUAACAUCGUGUAGGCUACCCCUCGAGCACACAGGUAGACGUGCGAUAGAGAAGACC